GGGAGACGUGUGUUAAGCUCACGUGACCGUCCUGCCUCCUUCCCCGGCGGAGCCACGUCCGCUGUGGCGCUGAGGGGCGGGGCGGGGGUGCGGGCACGGUGGGAGCGGGCCCGGAUGGAGGCUGCCGACGCCGCCAUUUAGAUCGCCCGCAGCGGUAGGCGCCUGGCUGGUACGGGGUGUCGGGCAGUUGUUGCUGCUGCCGCCGCAGUCACCAUGAGGCGCCUGUCACAGCUGCUGUUGCUCGCCCUGCUCGCCUUCCCCGCCGCCUUGCUGCUCGGGGGCGCGCGCGGCGGCCCAGGUUCAGGUUUAUUAGUUGCAGCUCAAGAUGCCACAGAAGAUGAGGAAGCUGUGGAAGAUACUGUAGUUGAAGAUGAAGAUGAUGAAGCUGAAGUUGAAGAAGAUGAGCCAACAGACUUGACAGAAGAAAAAGAGGAAGAAGACUUGUCAGGAGAACCUAAAGCCUCACCUAACGCUGAUACAACCAUCUUGUUUGUGAAAGGUGAAGACUUCCCAGCGAACAACAUCGUAAAAUUUCUGGUGGGCUUCACCAAUAAGGGUACAGAAGAUUUUAUUGUUGAGUCUCUAGAUGCUUCUUUCCGGUAUCCUCAAGACUACCAGUUUUAUAUCCAGAACUUCACAGCUCUCCCUCUGAAUACAGUAGUUCCGCCACAGAGACAAGCCACUUUUGAGUACUCUUUCAUCCCUGCUGAGCCUAUGGGUGGUCGUCCUUUCGGACUGGUUAUCAAUCUCAACUACAGAGAUGUAAAUGGCAAUGUGUUUCAAGAUGCUGUCUUCAAUCAAACUGUCACAAUAAUUGAAAAAGAAGAUGGACUGGAUGGAGAAACGAUCUUCAUGUACAUGUUCCUUGCUGGACUUGGUCUACUUGUCAUUGUUGGCCUGCAUCAGUUACUAGAAUCUAGGAAGAGGAAAAGACCAGUACAGAAAGUAGAAAUGGGAACAUCAAAUCAGAACGAUGUUGAUAUGAGCUGGAUUCCCCAAGAAACUUUAAAUCAAAUAAAUAAAGCUUCACCAAGGAGGUUGCCCUACAAGAGAGCACAGAAGAGAUCAGUGGGCUCUGAUGAGUAAAUGUUAAUUAGUACAACAGUUGAGCCUUUACUAAUCCUGCCUGUUUGGGUUUUUUGGAUUGGAGUAGUGCAGAGAAUCCAUACCACCAUAAGGAAAAUACUGCUAAACUUUUGGACUGAACAGAUUAACUGAACGUGUUAAUAUUACUGAAAAUGCA